UGCCAUGGCACCGGGCGGCCGCCGUUGGAACUGGGGGGCCAGCGAUGGCGCUGAGGUGGGCGGCGCGGGGCCGGGCCCCGGAGCAACGGGCGGCCGAGCGGCGGCGGGAGCUGGAGGCGCGGAGCCGGCAGCAGUGGGAGCUGGCCAGCCGCUCCUUCGUCCGGGCCGCCAUUUGCUGCGCCAGGCAGGCGCGGUGGAGCGCGCCGCGUGCCCUCCCGCCCAGCCCGGCGACGGUGCGGCGGGAGGCGGAGGAGGCGGCGGCGCGGCUGGAGCAGCGGCGGGCGCGGCUGCGGCGGCUGCUCGGCGAGGAGCGGGAGGCGCUGGCAGCGGAGCUGCGGGAGCGGCGGGGCGGCGGCCCGGGGUCCGCGGGGAUGCGGCAGCGGUGCGAGGAGCUGCGAGCCAGCCGGGAGGAGCGGAGGAGGACGGUUGCUGAGCAGCUGCUGUACGAGCACUGGAAGAAAAACAACGCUGAGCUCCGUGAGGUGGAGUCGGACCUGCACAGGAAGCAUGUGACAGAGGCUUGGGGUGAGCAGCUAAUCCAAAAAGCCAAGCAAGAAGCAACUGAACUUGAAGAGAAAAAACGUUAUGAAAAUCAAUAUGAACGUGCACGAAGGGAAGCGCUGGAAAGAAUGAGCCAAGAGAAAGAGAAGCGUCGGCUGGAAGAGAAGAAGCAAGCGGAGAUGUUGCUUCAACAAAUAGAAGAACUGAAAUUACAGGAGACAGAGGCAAAAAAGCUGAAAAAAGAGCAAGAGAAUUUAUUAAAGCAGCAGUGGGAGCUGGAGAACUUGGAGGAAGAAAGGAAACAAAUGGAAGAGCGCCAGAAGAAGAAAGAGCUUGGUCGCUUUUUGAGGCAUCAGUGCCAUGCCCAGUUAAAAAGACGAGCUCAGCAGAUACAGGAGGAGCUGGAGAUAGACAGGCAAAUCUUGUUAGCCCUCCUCGAGAAAGAAGAUGAGGAUCAGCACCGCCAGUCUGCGCGACGAGAACGAGCUAUUGCAGAUGUCGCAUGGAUGAAACACGUCAUUGAGGAACAGCUCCAGUUAGAAAAACAGAGGGAAGCAGAGCUACAGACUUUCUUCAGAGAAGAAGCUAAAAAAGUGUGGGAGAAAAGGGAAGAAGAAUGGGGAAGAGAGAAGGCAGCCAGAGACCGCCUGAUGAAUGAGGUCCUUGCAGGCAGACAGCGCCAGCUCCAAGAGAAGAUGGCGUUAAACAGACGAGCCCAAGAAGAGUCUAUAAAGUAUAGAGAGCAGCUGAUUAAAGAACUUGAAGAGGCAAAAGAACUGAUUAGGCGAGAGAAGGAGCAGGAGGAGGAACUGAAGACAGCCUGCAGGCAGGAGUUGGAGGCGCAGAUGACAGAACGCCACCUACAAGAACAGGAGGAGGAGCGGUGCCGGAGGGAGGAGGAAGAAGAGGAGAGAUCAGCCAGGCAGCGCUAUGAGGAGUUAGUGCGGCAGGAGGCCAAGCGCAUGGCUGAGCAAGGCUAUCGCAGCAGGCUCUACAGUUACCCAAAGGCAGCAUGGACCUGAGGAUUCUUGUCCUUUGCACCUGAGGAAGGAGCACUAAAUGCAGUUGCAGACUACAGAAAGAAAACUUUUGAAGAGUCAAGGAACUCUUGAAAUUAAUGGUGGCUUUGGAAUAGUCUACAACAAUGCCAAGACGCAACAGUGCAUUUCUGAAAAUAGUUAGCUGUGGCCCAGCUGAACGCAAGAGCAAAUUUCUACUGGCUGCGAGACCGUGGAGGUAUGAGCAUCCUUGGAGGACUGCAUUGCUUCACUUUCUCCAUGUUCAGGAGUUGUGAUGUAUUUCAGUACAUGCUACGCUGGGGCAACACAGCAAAUACAUGAGACCUUUGGAUCUAAAUCAGGAAAGAAUCUGUGCCUCCUGUGGAACACAAACUAUAAACUGCUCUGCACUGCAUUUGCUACUUAAAUGUCAGCCUCCCACCUCUGAGAAGGUGGCUUUUAGGAGUCAAUCCAUAAUGCACACUGCACUGGAUAGGUGACGUGCUGCAGCAGUAAUUCUUAACAUGUCCAGUUCCUCUCCAUAAGGUGCUGAAGACUUCAUUAAAUGUUGUUUUUCACUUGUUUCAUAAAUAAUAAUUGCAACCUGCACAA